UGGCUGGCGCGGGGCUGCGGGAAGGGAGGGGGAGGGGGGUGUUUGUGCGCGCGCGCCCCCGCCCCCUGGCGCUGGCCGCCCUGAGAGUGUGGGAGCUCGCGCGCGCGUGUGGGAGUGUGUGUGGGGUGUUGUGUGCGCGCGGAGAGCUCGGAGUCGGCGGCGGCGGGGGCUGGAGGCGCCUGCCGGGAGCCUGCCGAGGUUGUCUCCUCUCAGUCCCGGAGCGCGCGGUGACCCUUUUACCCCCUCCCUCAGGACCAAGAGGCACCCCCCUCCCGCGAGGAGCCAGGAGCCCGGAGCGGAGCGGAGAGCGCGAGCGGAGCUGGGACCCGAGGAGCCGGGAGCCGAGGAGCCCAGCCAGGAAGCUCGAAGAGGAGUCCGAAGCGGAGCCGGGAGGGCGGGCCGGGGGCCGGGCCGGCGCAGUCCCCGCCGCCGUCGCCGCCGCCGCCGGGCGCGGGGGGAAGAGAUGGCGGCGGGGCCGGAGCCCGAGCUGGAGCGGGUCGCUCGGAGCCUAGUCCGCGCCGCCUCCUUGUGGCUUGGCUGCCUCCUGCUGCUGCUCGGGCGCUGGGACCCGGCCCUCGCCGCUGCCGCAGCCGUCUCCUCCUCCUCGGCUGGCCGGAGCAGCCCCCAGCACCCGCUGCUGCCGCAGCCUCAGCCGCCCCCAGGGGCCACUGUGAGAACAUUUACUCCCUUUUAUUUUGCUGUGGAGCCAAUGGACACCCUUUCAGUUAGAGGAUCUUCUGUAAUACUAAACUGUUCAGCAUAUUCAGAACCUUCUCCAAAAAUUGAAUGGAAAAAAGAUGGAACUUUUUUGAACUUGGUGUCAGAUGACCGGCGUCAGCUACUGUCAGAUGGAUCUUUGUUAAUUAACAGUGUGGUGCAUUCCAAACACAAUAAGCCUGAUGAAGGAUAUUAUCAGUGUGUGGCUACUGUGGAAAGCCUUGGAACCAUUGUAAGCAGAACAGCCAAGCUCACAGUUGCAGGUCUUCCAAGGUUUGCCAGUCAGCCAGAAUCUUCCUCUGUGUUUGUUGGAAAUAGCGCAGUACUAAAUUGUGAGGUCAAUGCUGAUUUGAUCCAAUUUGUGAGGUGGGAGAAGGACCGACAGCCCCUUGUUUUGGAUGAUAGAGUCAUCAAACUCCCCAAUGGAGCUCUGGUUAUCAGCAAUGUUACAGAAAGAGAUGGAGGACUUUAUCGCUGCAUUAUUGAAAGUGGUGGGCCACCUAAAUACAGUGAGGAGGCUGAGCUGAAAGUUCUUCCAGAUCUUGAGAGUCCAUCUAACUUGGUAUUUUUGAGCCAGCCUUCUCCAUUAACCAGAGUUAUUGGGCAGAGUGCAGUCUUGCCAUGUAUUGCUUCUGGAGUUCCUAUACCUGUCAUCCGAUGGACAAGAAAUGAGGAGGCCCUUAGCCCAGAAAGUUCUGAAAGAUUAAUGCUGUUGGCAGGAAGUAACCUGGAAAUCAGUGAUCUUACAGAGGAAGAUGCUGGGACCUAUGCCUGUGUAGCUGACAAUGGGAAUGAGACUAUAGAGGCUCAAGCAGAACUCACAGUUCAAGUUUCACCAGAAUUCCUGAAGCAGCCUGCUAAUAUAUAUGCACAUGAAUCCAUGGAUAUUGUGUUUGAAUGUGAAGUAACUGGAAAACCCAUGCCAACUGUAAAAUGGGUCAAGAAUGGUGACAUGGUUAUCCCAAGUGAUUACUUUAAGAUUAUAAAGGAACAUAACCUUCAGGUUUUGGGUCUGGUGAAAUCAGAUGAAGGAUUUUAUCAGUGCAUUGCAGAAAAUGAUGUUGGAAAUUCACAGGCUGGAGCCCAACUAAUAAUCCUUGAUCAUGAUGUUGCCAUCCCAACAUUACCUCCCACUUCACUGACCAGUGCCACUACUGACCAUCUAGCACCAGCCACAACUGGACCACUGCCUUCAGCACCGAGGGACGUCGUGGCCUCACUCGUCUCUACUCGCUUCAUCAAACUGACGUGGAGAACACCGGCAUCCGAUCCUCACGGAGACAACCUCACCUACUCUGUGUUCUACACCAAGGAAGGGAUUAAUCGUGAACGGAUUGAAAACACCAGCCAUCCAGGAGAAAUGCAAGUGACCAUUCAAAACCUGAUGCCAGAGACGGUGUAUGUCUUCAGAGUUGUGGCACAAAACAGACAUGGUUCUGGAGAGCGGUCCCUACCUCUUCGAGUAGAGACACAGCCUGAGGUUCAACUCCCAGGCCCAGCACCUAACAUCCGAGCAUAUGCUAGUUCACCUACCUCGAUCACUGUCACAUGGGAAACACCUUUGUCUGGCAAUGGGGAAAUUCAAAAUUACAAGUUAUACUACAUGGAAAAGGGAGCAGACAACGAACAGGAUGUUGAUGUUGGAAGUCGUUCCUACACUAUUAAUGGGUUGAAAAAGUACACAGAGUAUAGUUUCCGAGUGGUAGCUUAUAAUAAACAUGGUCCUGGAGUCUCCACACAAGAUGUUGUUGUCCGAACACUAUCAGAUGUCCCCAGUGCUGCUCCACAGAACCUGUCUUUAGAAGUGAGAAAUUCCAAGAGUAUCGUGAUUCACUGGCAACCCCCUCCAGCAGGCUCACAAAAUGGGCAAAUUACUGGCUACAAGAUUCGUUACCGGAAAUCCUCUCGAAAGAGUGAUGUUACUGAGAGUGUGGGAGGAACACAGCUGUUCCAGAUAAUUGAGGGUCUUGAUCGAGGUACUGAGUACAACUUCCGAGUGGCUGCACUUACAGUCAAUGGAACAGGACCAGCUACGGAUUGGAUGUCUGCAGAAACAUUUGAAAGUGACCUCGAUGAGACUCGUGUUCCUGAAGUGCCCAGUUCUCUCCAUGUCCGCCCACUCAUUACUAGUAUUGUAGUGAGCUGGACUCCUCCAGAAAACCAGAACAUUGUGGUCAGAGGCUAUGCCAUUGGCUAUGGCCUUGGCAGCCCUCAUGCUCAGACUAUCAAAGUAGACUACAAACAACGCUACUAUACUAUCGAGAACCUAGAUCCAAGCUCCCACUAUGUGAUCACCCUGAAAGCAUUUAAUAAUGUGGGUGAAGGCAUCCCCCUCUAUGAGAGUGCAGUUACCAGACCUCAUUCAGUGCCAGAUCCCACCCCUAUGAUGCCACCAGUGGGAGUUCAGGCUUCCAUACUGAGCCAUGACACUAUCAGGAUUACCUGGGCGGACAAUUCUUUGCCGAAACACCAGAAGAUCACAGACUCACGCUACUACACAGUCCGAUGGAAAACCAACAUUCCUGCUAACACCAAGUAUAAGACUGCAAAUGCAACGACUUUAAGUUACUUAGUGACUGGUUUAAAACCAAACACCCUCUAUGAGUUUUCUGUGAUGGUUACAAAAGGUCGGAGAUCAAGCACAUGGAGUAUGACCGCUCAUGGGACCACCUUUGAACUUGUUCCUACUUCUCCACCCAAAGAUGUCACAGUAGUGAGUAAAGAGGGCAAACCUAGGACCAUAAUCGUGAACUGGCAACCUCCAUCAGAAGCUAAUGGCAAGGUCACAGGGUACAUCAUUUACUACAGUACUGAUGUGAAUGCCGAGAUUCACGACUGGGUGAUUGAGCCAGUGGUGGGCAACAGACUGACUCACCAGAUCCAGGAGCUCACUCUCGAUACGCCGUACUACUUCAAGAUCCAAGCACGCAACUCCAAGGGCAUGGGCCCCAUGUCCGAAGCGGUCCAGUUCCGAACACCCAAAGCGGACUCCUCUGACAAAAUGCCUAAUGACCAAGCUUCAGGGUCUUCAGGAAAAGGAAGCAGGCCUCCAGACACAGGAUCUGACUACAAGCCUCCAAUGAGCGGUAGUAACAGUCCCCACGGAAGCCCCACCUCCCCUCUGGACAGCAACAUGCUCCUGGUCAUCAUCGUCUCCAUCGGCGUCAUCACCAUUGUGGUGGUGGUGAUCAUUGCCGUGUUCUGCACCCGCCGUACCACCUCUCACCAGAAAAAGAAACGAGCUGCCUGCAAAUCUGUGAAUGGUUCCCAUAAGUACAAAGGAAAUUCCAAAGAUGUCAAACCUCCUGACCUUUGGAUCCAUCAUGAGAGGCUGGAGUUAAAGCCCAUUGAUAAGUCUCCAGACCCUAAUCCAAUCAUGACUGAUACCCCAAUCCCACGAAACUCCCAAGAUAUUACACCUGUUGAUAAUUCCAUGGACAGCAAUAUCCAUCAAAGACGGAAUUCAUAUAGAGGACAUGAAUCAGAGGAUAGCAUGUCUACAUUGGCUGGAAGACGAGGAAUGAGACCAAAAAUGAUGAUGCCUUUUGACUCUCAGCCACCCCAACCUGUGAUUAGUGCCCAUCCCAUCCAUUCCCUCGAUAACCCUCACCAUCAUUUCCACUCCAGCAGCCUCGCCUCUCCGACCCGCAACCAUCUCCACCUUCAGGGCAGCCCAUGGCCCAUUGGCACAUCCUUGUCCCAUUCAGACAGGGCUAAUUCCACAGAAUCCGUUCGGAAUACCCCCAGUACGGACACCCUGCCAGCUUCCUCAUCUCAGACGUGCUGUACUGACCAUCCAGACCCAGAGGGUGCCCCCAGCUCCUCCUAUUUAGCCAGUGCCCAGGAAGAAGGCUCUGGCCCCAAUCUUCCUACAGCCCACGUCCGGCCCUCUCACCCUCUGAAGAGCUUCGCUGUGCCAGCAGUGCCACCUCCAGGGCCUCCUACUUAUGACCCUGCCUUACCAAGCACACCGUUACUGUCCCAGCAAGCUACUAACCAUCACCUCCACUCUGUGAAGACGGCAUCCAUCGGGACGUUGGGGAGAAGCCGGCCUCCCAUGCCAGUGAUCGUUCCCAGUGCCCCGGAUGUGCAAGAGACCACAAGGAUGCUGGACGACUCGGAGAGUAGCUACGAACCAGAUGAGCUGACCAAAGAGAUGGCCCACCUGGAAGGACUCAUGAAGGACCUUAAUGCCAUCACGACAGCCUGAGCGCCUCUGCCAGACGUGACUCCGGACCCCAUUCCCUGAGCCUUGGGACUCGGCCUUGGAAAACAAGGAAUUGUACAGAGUAAGAGAAGCCAGCACACACGAGCGAGCGGAUGGGUCAAGUGGGCGGCCGGCAGGGCCUCCGCGCCGGCGCUACUUCACCGGUGACCCUGCGCUGUCGUCUGCGGAAGUCACGGCCGAGGCUGCCUCGGGCCCUCUGCCUCAGAGGCCACAGGGAGUCCUGGGGAAAGGCUGCUGGCCGCCUCCACGCCCGGCUUCCCACCAGGCUCCGCUCGGCGCCGUGCCAGCGCCACCUUUAUUGCGUGUCGGACCUUGGCAUUUGUGUACAAUUUAUUUGUUUCUUAUUUUAUUUUAUCUUUUUUUAAAAAGGGAAAACCUUUUAUGUAAUCCAAAAAAGAAAGAAAAACUAGAGUGUUGUUUUCCACAGCCUGGCCUGACAUUUGACUGCUUGUUUCUCUUGUGUAUGGAAAAUCAUUGACAGUGUGGCUUGUUCUAGGGGUUCUGUUUGUUCUGAUUCUGCGUGAUCCGUCCUCGCCAACAGUCAGUCCAUCACUUGGGAGGGAGGGGGGGCCAGUGGGAGGGAUGUUGCAUUGCUCUUUGUAAGCUUUUUUAUUAUUAUUAUUUUUUUAUUAUAAUUAUUAAAGGCCUGACUUUCUCCUCUCAUCACUGUGAGAUUACAGAUCUGUUUGAAUGAAAUGUAACAAUGAAAGACUUGUUGUCCCUUAUUGUGCAGUUUCAGUAUUGGGGGAGGUGGGGGUGGGGGAUAGGAAGUGGAGGGGCUGGGAGGGCCGGGAUUGUUUCCGUUUUUGUCCUCGUCCCGGAUCCUGCAGCAUUUCGAAGCGCGUUCUUUACUGUCCUUCCUGGUCACCUCACAGCCUCUGUUGUUCCUCAUUUGCACUCCAUUUCAUUUGAAUUUGGGUAAGAAAUUCUCCUCAUGGGUGGCAGAGUCUUCUUUUAGCCAAGAACUCCAUCAGAACUUUGUCGAAGAUGGAGCACCUGCAUGUCAGCUCCAGGGAAGUUAGCGGGAAGAAGAGUGGCCGCGGCGGUGUUCCCAGAGGUCUGGCGGCACUUUCCCCGCCCGGGACACGUCCUUCUUCAGCUCCAGAGUGAGAGGGUCAGCCUAGCUGGCACCCCGGCUCCCUCCUGGCGGCCAGGGCUUUCGUCAUCUUUUGGGAAGGAAGCAGAUGGAAGGGCUCCGCCGCGGGUCCCUGACGUUGUUCCGGCCUCCCUUAAGAAGCCAUCCGCAGAGCCAGAUCGGGGACCCGGAGCGGAGGGCAGCCAAGAGCCCGGCUGUGCUUCUUCCUUCCUCUCUUCCCUGCCCAAGCCCCCACUCACCCUGCCUCGAAAAGAGCUGCCUUUGCCUCCAAACGGAAGUUUCUUGUGAAACAUCCACAUCCGUACACUGUAAUCUUUUGUGCUGAGGAAAACCAGGAGAUGGAAGUUUUUCGUGAAGAAUGUCUGGAGAGCAAAUACGGAGUGCGGGAGGCUCCCCGAGAAUCUUGAGUGAAGGGGGCGAGAAGCGAGGACAGCGGGGUGGAGCGGGGGCCAGUGAAGCUGCUCUAAGCCGGCCUCCCUUGCCCCUGCCCCUGCCCCUGCCCCUGCCCCUCGCCCGUCCUAAAGCGGAAGGCGAGGUGAGCCAAGCAUCCCAGCCACAGGUCUGCCCGCAGGACCCCAGAGCGCUGCCGCAGCUGGCUACAGAAUAGCUUGGGUUGCAAACUUCCUUGUAAAAAGGGGAUCUUUUCUCAUUUUCUGGAUUUUUGGUGCCCUUUUUUAAACGAUGAACUCUUUAUUCUGCGGGGACAACGGAAAGUACAGCACUGGGAGAGCCACCUGGCCCGGCUGGACAGCCAGCAUCCCACUGAUGGUAUUCAGGAACACCGGCCAGCUAAAAUGCAACCUUGAACAGAACACCGAGCGCCCUCUUCGAUCCAGCGGGGGGAGGAGAGAGCGGUCACCUCGCCAGUCGUCUCCCCUUCUGCCCAAAGAAACGUACACUCAGUAGUCCGAGUUGGUGGUGGCUCCUUGUAAAUACCGCUGCACCGUUGCAGCACCCCUGGGGACUGUCCAUACCGCCAUCAAAUUGGGAAAGGGGGGGGGCAGCAUAUUUUUCAACAAUGGCUUACUUUUAAACAACUGUUCAAAGUUGUUGUUUUUUUUUAAAGGUAAAAAGAAAAUGAAAAGGCAUUUUAUCCAAGCUAGUAUAGACUCUGUAUGAUGCUUUUUUCACAGUUUGAUACAUUUUCUUACAUUAUCCUGUGAUUUGGAACCAGAUGCAUUGUAUAUCUUCUAGGGUGGUAGUGAAGCUGUGGGAUGGCAGCUUUCUUCCGAGCAAUGUGGAACAAACCUGUAUAUUGAGUUAUUCAUCUGAUGUAGGAGAAGCUGAAGGACUGUGUAGAAUGAUUCCUUUCUGUACACACUUUUUUUCUUUUUUUUCUUUUGCUUUUCUAUAGUAUUUGCUGUAUAUUCCAUGACUUUUUUAAAAAACAAUUUUGUGUUUAUUAUUUAGUAUUGGAAAUCCAAUACACUUUUUUUUAUCCAAACAAA